CAAUAUUUCCCUUGCAACGUACUUACUUCCUCUAGUUAUCAACGGACAUUCAACACCGGCGCCACCGGAAACAACCACACAACCACGACCCAGCAGCCGACAAAAUUCUCUCGGAACCUAUCAUCAUCGAUUUUUCACGAGGCACGAUGAUCACAACAACUAUAAUGGACGAAUGGGACUACGAAGAACAUCUUCUAUUGUGUACCUUUGAUAGACGCUGUGACAACAACAACAACAACAACAACAACAACAAUAACAACAGCAGCAGCAACAACAACAGCAACAACAGCAACAGCAACAGCAGCAGCUACAACAACAACAACAACAAUAACAACAACUGCUACCGCCACCGCCAUCAUCAUCAUCAUUAUCAUCAUCAUCAGCAGCAGCAGCAGCAACAGCAACAACGGCUCAAUCUUAAUCUUAACCUUACCGAAAUGGACACUAAUCAGUACCGCAAUAAUGACAACACCAUUGCCCUUGUCUAUUCCCAGCAGCAGCAGUCACAGCAGCAAGAACAACGGCAACAGCAACACCAAAACUACUUCGACCAAACCAACUAUCAGCAUCAACAUCCGUUCCACCACUACGAACAAAGCUGGAACAACAAGCCUGUACCAGCUCCAUCAGGGGAGAGAUUUCAUAUUUUAAACUGCGACGAUCCCAGUUUUCAUGUCACCAACGACGAUAAUGCUGUGGCAAAACUUUCAGAAAGCACGAUCCACGAAGAUGUAGAGCCAUUGACGAUAACAAUACCUGAAACACCGAUGGAUAAUACAAGCACAAUAUGUCGUAGCGAUAAAUCCGACAAUCACAUCAACGGUCUUGUUAUGGGGACAAGAGUGCCGGAAUUGAUCGAGCAACGAGCACGAAAACGAAGUAAUUCAUCGCGGGCAAAGACGAAGUCGAUCGAAACAAAAGUAAUUGAGGGCGCAAAGAGUAAUUUGUACCGGGUGGAAAAUCCCUCAAAGUACGACAUUCUUUGUGGGCAAUCGCGGAUCUGUGCGAACCACAUGGGCAACCAACGCUUUCAGGCCGUCUUGGACGAUUUUGCUCCCAGAUACGACGUCGCUACUAGCAAACAGGACAAGAUGACUAUGACCAAAGAGAUCGUUGCUACCAUUCACAACUUGGGAGGAAGGUUUCUCAAGUACAAAGACGAAAUGUGGGAAGAAAUUUCUACAGUUGCUGCUCGCGACAAGGUCAGCCACGCAUUGCGAACCAAGGUAGCAUCUUGGAAACGUCAGGAACAACAGCGCUUGCAACAAGCAGGCAGCGGCAAUGAAGGCUCUCCGUUUGGCAGUGGGCGAAGGGGAAGUCGUCGCAACAGCAAAUCCAAGCAAUGCACAACAAGCAGACGACGAAGGUCCUCCGCGUCCUCCGCAUCCACAGGUGCCUCGGACAUUAUCGCGGGCCUCUCUUUCGAUCGGAUAAUGGGUUCUUCCACACCGUCGGAAUCAAAGAUCAACGACAUGUACAGGUACCAACAAGAUAUUUUUGAAGCCAUGACCACUCCGCCACGACUGAACAACAGCGGAAGCGUCGAUGGGAUACAAAGCAGAAACGUUCACCGUUCUCAUUCCCAUCUACAACAUCUACAAGGGCGACAAUCCUCCCCGCAUUCUCGCAGAUCGAGUUCAAUGUUUUUUAAACGGGAGGAAGGCAAUGAUUGAUCACACCAUACUACUGCUAUUCUAGACUAUUCUGCCCGACCAGUUUCAAGAAGGACAGGUAACAAAAUUCUGUUGAAAAAGAAAUUUAGAUUUCAUUUUAAGAACACUUCAAGAUGCAUCGUUAUUGCUUGUCGACUAUACUGUAAUACAAUACUCUUAGUAAU